UGAAAAUGAGCUCAAACAAAAUACAGAAGACACAUUCCUUGACCGGACGGUACUCCGAAGACGCAGUGUCGGUCAUAUCGCUUUAUUUCGAGCAAUCCGUAAGUUCGUCGUUCUCGCAUAUCCGCAAUGACGUUGGAACCACGCCUCAGAAUCGAGUCCUGCAAUUGUUGCUGGACUACAAACUCUUCAAGGCGGCUCGGACUAUUCAGCGCUUUGUCCGAGGAUGGCUCUGCCGGAAGAUGUUGGCCAAAGGAGCGGCUGCAGUCACCACCAUCAGCAGAUGGUGGCGGGGCUUCCGUGUUCGCCAGAACUACUACGUCCUGAUGGAGCAGAGGCUGCAGAAGAAACUUUUGGACCACUACUACGAGCAGGCAACUAAGAUCCAGACUUUGUUUCGUGGCUGGCGCACCCGUCAGUUCGUGCAGGACUUCAAUGGCCUUCAGCUGAUUCAGAUGCAGUUCGCCGAGGAUCUGAUCAGCUGUUUAGCCCGAAGUCUGCGCGAUGUGAAGAAUAACGAUCAGCUGCCAGGGGUUUACUGCCUGCGCACGGAUGGAAGAUGCCUUAGGAUAAUUGAGGACCUGGCUCGCACCUUCAGCUACCGCUUCCACAACGGUCGUGUGCGGGCUUCGAUCGCCAAACGACGCUCAUAUCUCGAAGAUAUGCGCCAAAGCUUCCAUCUGUCUCAUGCAUACACAUUAACGCCCUUCCCAGGUCCUGGUGCUGUCCUGGGGGACUGCACGACUCACGUUGAUAUCACUGAGCCGGGCUUCUCCAAAGAGACCGAUUUUCGUAUGCAGCGCCUCAUAUUGAUGUUCGAGAAGUCCAAGCGGGAUCCGGAUGUGGUCAGAGUUCAGAAUUCACUGGCGUCCAAACACAGGCGCGAUAUCCAAACGUCUCUGAAGGCGCAGAAGGAGGAGAGAAUAAAAAACUUCUGCACGUUUGUCUUUCAUCGCAUAGCCUCAACCAUUGGUAAUAAGCGCAGUAGCGUCAAAAACUAUCUCGACGAAUUGUUGUAUAACGCCGAGGAAAUGUGUUGUCACUGCCAGCCAAAAUUGGUUACCCAAUCGUUGUGUCACUAGGUGACACCUACACACGUUUAAUGGGUUCGGACAAGUUCAUUUUCAUUUUUAAAUAUUUUAACCAUACUCGCGGAAAAACGUAAUAAAAUUGUUAAAUUGUUA